AUGUUUAUCUACAUUAAAUAUGGAUAUGGAAGAAUUAUUUUGGCAGUUUUAUCUUUUAUGACAAUGAGAUCCUAUCCAUUUUUAACAGCAUUUUUAUAUGGCACAAGUGGUUUUCUAGAUGCUUUAGAUGGUCAUCUUGCCAGAACUUAUAAUCAAUCUUCAAGAUUUGGUGCUAUGUUGGAUCAAUUGACGGACAGAUGUACUUUUAUGGCUCUUUUAAUGUGUCUUUCUGUUUUUUAUCCAUCUUGGACAUUCUUUUUCCAGAUGGUAGCUAUUAUUGAUAUUGCUUCUCAUUGGCUUCACCUUCAUGCCACAGAUUUAACAGGAAAAACUUCUCAUAAAUCAUCUGAUAAUCCAAUUCUUAAUCUUUAUUAUACAUCAAAGCCAACACUUUUUUUUAUGUGCCUUGGAAAUGAAGCAUUCUUUGGUCUGUUAUAUCUUUUAAAUUUCUGGAGCGGUCCAACAUUUUUAUCUAUAUCAAUUUUAAAAAUUUUUGCCGUCCUCCUUUUUCCAAUAGCUGCAAUUAAAAGUGGAAUUUCAAUUGUACAUCUUAUUACGGCAUCACAAACAGUUGCGGAACAUGAUGCAAAAACUCACCGAUAA